AUGACACAAAAAAAAGAUGGAAGAAUAAAUGGAGAAGCAGAUGUCAUAGAUACUAAUCGUUUAUUUGGACCAAUUUGGUUUUUGCUUGACGUAUUCAUCGGAGCAUUGCAACUCUUAAAACCAAUACUUUCAAUAAUUCUCGCGAUUUACAUUGCAUGGUCUUCAUUAAGCUUUGCCUCUCAAACAUUUCAAACCGAGAUCACAAUAUUUAUAUGUCGUCUCCCACUCACAAGCAUUUUCCCAUCAUGUCAAUCACCGAUUCCCGAUUUCUCGCGCCUAGUAACACGGCAAGUAGAAACCUACGAGCAAUUAAUGGAUCAAACAAUCUCCCAGACGGGAUUGACAUCUACACUGGCACUAGAUAUUAAGAAAGCAGAGUUGGCAACCGGGGAUCUUCGUACUUUGGUGAAAUAUUCAUCAUUGAUCAGUGCACCAGAGUUGGUGGAUCGGUUAAAUGAAUUUGUGGAUAAGUCACGCGUGGUGGGUAGAAACUUGCAAGUGUUGCAGGCUCGUACAAGGUCUUCUGUGGAUAAUUUGAUUACGUAUAAUUUGUUCGCGUUGAAAACGUUAGAAAAUGUACGAGAUCAAAAAGUUAGUUCAAAAGAACUGGUUCAGGCUUACGAUCAGAUGAUGGGAUUAAUGGAAGGGGAUUUGAAACGUAUGAUUCUAGCGGGACAAGAUAUUCUCGGAAGUCUUACUGACCUUGACGAAAUGCUCGUCGGAAUCCACGAAUUGACCGCAAAAGAAGCUUCACUGCAAAAAAUUGAACGUCAUAAGCUAUUGGCCGAAUUAUGGUCUUAUCUAGGAGGCAAUCGCGUUAAAAAACACAUAUUCCAAGAAAAUCUACAACUACUUCAAGACUUGGACAGACAACGGCGUCAUGCAGUCGCACAAAUACAAACAACUCUCUACAGUUUGACUUCAUUUCUACUGGAUCUCGAGGAAUUACGCGAACAAGUGAUGAAACCUUCGUUAAUUGGUAUGCCAAUUGAGGUUCAUAUAGAAAAUGUAGGAAAAGGAAUUGAACGAUUAAAGAGCAGUAAAGUGGCUGUUAAAAGUAUGGACAAUGAGCAGGCAAAGCAAAAGAGUAUUGAUACAUCAGAUUGA